AUGGAUAGGCACGAGCUCUUACUUUCUGGUUAUGCUUUGGCAACCGUGGCUCCAUGCAAAAUUCUCUGCAUUAACAUUAAUUUGCUAAUGCUUACAGUUCAUAUCACAUUGAACCUGACAGUGAUAGUAGUGGAUGAUCUCUCGUCAUGCUCGGAGAUAUCUCAAUGCUUCACUCAUAGAUCAAUUGAUGGUCUUGGCCUUGAGAAGUUCAACUUAAAUGAUUCACAGCUGAAUGCAGUAGCAGACUGUGUCUCAGUAAUGGAGAACCACUCACCUUCCCUAAAACUAAUAUGGGGGCCCCCUGGGACAGGUAAAACAAAAACUAUCAGCACUAUCCUGUGGGCAAUGCUCAUCAAGGGCUUAAAGACACUUACCUGUGCACCAACCAAUACUGCCGUAUUGGAAGUUGCAUCUCGAAUUGUCAGGCUUGUUGGAGAGUCCUCAGAUGGUAGCGUCUGCUUUCUGAAUAACAUUGUCCUGUUUGGAAAUAAGGAGAGGAUGAAAAUAGAUGGUGAUCAUGAUCUUUCCACGGUAUUCCUUGACUCACGUGCAAAGCGGUUGUCGUCAUGUUUCGUACCACAUACUGGUUGGAGGCAUUGCUUGUGCUCACUGAUAGAUCUUAUUGAGAAUCCUGUGACCAGGUACAAAUUGCAUAUUGAGCAUAUUCUUAGGGAAAAGGAGAUUUCUGAAAAGCAUGGGGACAAACGCCUCCAGCGCAAGGAUGCACAUUCUUUGCGCCCUCGUUAUCCUUUAGGUCAUGUUGUCGCACCUUUCUCUCUGUUCUGCAAGACAAUCCAUAACAGGUCUGAAGGUGACGAAGAAGAGUGCCAUAAGGAAGGAUGGCAUGACUAUGAAGCUAUGAUGGAGGCAUUCAGAGAAGUACCAUUCGAGAAGUAUUUGAAAGAUAGAUACAACAAACUUUCUGAGGAUUUGUGUUGUUGCAUUGAGAUACUGUAUAAUGAUUAUCCAAGAAGCUCUGAAGCAGAACAGAGUUUUCAGUGUAUGCUGGAAGUGCUUGAAUUAAUCGAAAUUCUCCAUGCUUUUAUAAAUCGUGACAGGGGUAAUGAUGAUAUAUGGUCAGAGGAACUUCUUGAGGGCAAAGUAGAAGAGGACAGUAAUCCUAUUUCCUGGCCUGAGAAGCUAGCCUGUGUGCGGACUAACACAUGCAGUAAAUCCAAGUUCAAGCUGGCCAGAUCCCUGUGUGUGCAAGAAUUAAGAUAUCUUCGCAAAAACUUGGAGCUUCCAAAUUAUUACACCAAGAGGGAAAUUCAACUGCAUCUUCUGCAGAGCGCGAAAUGCAUUCUUUGUACAGUUUCCAGUUCUUUCACGUUGUACGGUGUGCUCAUGGACGAUUCUUCUUCUGUUAAGUUGAAUCCUCUGGAGUUGCUGAUUGUUGAUGAGGCUGCACAGCUUAAAGAGUGUGAGACCUUAAUUCCCUUGCAGCUGCCAGGCAUAAAGCAGGCUGUUUUUAUUGGAGACGAAUAUCAGUUACCUGCUCUGGUGAAAAGCAAAAUAUCUGACAAUGCUAAAUUCGGGAGAAGUGUUUUUGAGAGGUUAAGUAUGCUGGGUUAUAGUAAGCACCUUCUCAAUGUGCAAUACAGGAUGCAUCCAGAAAUAAGCAAGUUUCCAGUUGUUACGUUUUACGAUGGCAAGAUAUCUGACGGUCCCAAUGUCACUACUAAGAGCUAUGAAAAGAGAUUCUUAGCAAGCAAAAUCUUUGGGUCAUACUCAUUCAUAAAUGCAGAUGGAGGACAUGAAACAACUGAGAAGCACGGACGUAGCCUGAAAAACACAAUUGAAGCUGCUGCAGUUUCGCGGAUAGUGCAGAGGUUGUUCAAAGGAAUCUGA